AUGGGGCUUCCUGUAUCAAACUCGGAGGUGGAUUCCAUCCCCGCCAAUGCAGCACUGCGUGCAAUUAUCAAGUCCACAUAUACCAGUUCGGUUCUUCAGUUCUACCUGAAUGGCCGCAGGGUUGAGCUUCAAAACCCUAAUCCGCACUGGACUUUGUUGGACUUUAUCAGGUCGCAGCGUGGUUUGAAAGGAACGAAGUUAGGAUGUGGUGAGGGUGGUUGCGGCGCCUGCACCGUGGUGCUGCAGGUGAGAGACAGGAGCAACUCGAGGAGAAUCAAGCACUUGUCUGUAAAUGCUUGUCUGUAUCCGCUCGUUGGGGUCGUCGGGAAACAUGUCAUUACCGUUGAAGGGCUUGGGAGUGUUGACAAGCCUCACCCGUUACAGGAACGGAUGGGUAAGCUUCAUGGGUCACAGUGUGGAUUUUGUACACCAGGCAUCGUCAUGUCCCUAUACUCCAUUAUCAGAAAUGCCUAUGACCCGGAAACCGGCAAAUUCUCUCUAUCUGAUAACGACAUUGAAAUGAAAGGUCAUCUGGAUGGGAAUUUGUGUCGUUGUACAGGCUACAAGCCUAUUCUCCAAGCUGCUAAAACUUUCAUUGUUGAGGACCUAAAAGGGCAGCUGGAUGAAGUGAAGAAUUCUAUUCCAGUAGAUGCUAACACGGAGAGCGAAAAUGAGGCAGCGAUGUAUCUACAAGGGCAGUUUACCAACGCGCCCAAAUCCUCCACUGGCUCAUGCGGCAGAUCCGGAGGAUGUUGCCGCGAUAAGAUCAACAACGAAUCCCGUCCAUCGGAUUCUUCGACAUCAACGGGCUCCAAUUCGGCAGAAGAACAUAGUUCCCAGACCAGCCUUUCAGAAGAAAUCACGCUUCAACCGUCCAAAAAAGCUCCCCAAGUUGAGCUUGCAGAGUAUUCCCCUUCAUCAGAGUUAAUUUACCCACCUUCGCUGUCGAAGUUUGUCGAUAACCCCGUAUGCUACGGUGAUAAAGAGAAAAUAUGGCUCCGACCGACGAAUUUACAGCAAUUAGUCGACAUCAUGGCUGCGUUCCCAUCCGCGACUAUUGUCAGCGGUGCAAGCGAAAUCCAGGUUGAGAUCCGAUUUAAAGGCUCGGAAUUUGCAGUUUCAGUCUUUGUUUCGGACAUCGAAGAGCUUAACAAAAUUUCAGUACCCACUGAUCUGUCUACCUCGAGUGAACUUGUGAUUGGUGGAAAUGCACCUUUGACAGAUAUUGAAAAUGUUUGCUAUGGCCUAUCGUCAAAGCUGGGUCAAAGAGGAUCUGUGUUCGGGGCGAUGGCUAAAGUUCUCAGAUAUUUCGCCGGGCGCCAGAUUCGAAAUGUGGCAUCCCUAGCUGGAAAUAUUGCCACGGCGUCCCCAAUAUCAGACAUGAAUCCUGUUCUUUUGGCUAUUAACGCGACUAUAGUUUCUAGAACUGCUGAGAAGGAGCACUUGAUUCCAAUGGUAACGAUGUUCCGUGGGUACAGGAAAACAGCGCUGCCGCAGGGAGGUAUCAUUACUCAGAUUCGCAUUCCUAUCCCCCCGGCGGAUGCACGCGAGGUCACAAAAUCAUACAAACAGGCCAAGCGAAAGGAUGAUGACAUUGCUAUUGUCACGGCAGGUUUCCGAGUUCGAUUUGACGAACAAGAUAUCGUUAAGGAUGUCUCAUUGGCAUAUGGCGGGAUGGCACCAAUAACUGUUUUGGCAACUCAAACCAUAAAGUACCUGAUGGGAAAGAAAUGGUCCGCGCCGGAAACUCUUGACGGUGCUCUUGAAACCUUAGCUGAGGAGUUCCCACUUGCCUAUGACGUCCCAGGCAGUAUGGCUACUUAUCGAAGGACGCUGGCUUUGUCUCUUUUCGUCCGUUUUUGGAACGAAGUUAUUGCGCAUUUCGAGCUGGGAGAGGUGGACCAGAGCCUUGUUGAGGAAAUACACCGAAAAAUAUCUACUGGGACAAGAGACAACUAUAACCCGCACGAACAACGAAUCGUUGGCAAGCAAAUACCUCAUCUUUCUGGUUUGAAACACGCUACAGGGGAGGCGGAAUAUGUCGACGACAUGCCUCAUCAAGAUAAUGAGCUAUAUGGAGCACUUGUCCUUUCGGAAAGAGCCCACGCAAAGAUUGUGUCAGUGGACUGGACUCCGGCUCUUGCUCCAGGUUUAGCUGUAGGGUACGUGGACAAACAAAGCAUCGACCCCGAAAUGAACUUUUGGGGAUCUAUUGUUAAAGAUGAACCUUUUUUUGCGCUCGACGAGGUUCACUCCCAUGGCCAGCCAAUUGGAAUGGUAUACGCAGAAACUUCCCUUAAAGCACAGGCCGCGGCACGGGCUGUUAAAGUCGUUUAUGAGGACUUGCCAGCUAUUUUGACCAUUGAUGAAGCCAUCGAAGCGAAGAGCUUCUUCAAACAUGGAAAGGAACUUCGAAAAGGGGCACCCCCUGAGAAAAUGGCUGAGGUGUUUGCCAAAUGUGACAGAAUUUUCGAAGGAACUAUUCGAUGCGGUGGCCAGGAGCACUUCUACCUGGAGACGAAUGCUGCCUUGGUUAUCCCCCAUUCUGAGGAUGGCACAAUGGAUGUUUGGUCAUCCACUCAAAAUACGAUGGAGACACAGGAAUUUGUCAGUCGUGUGAUUGGAGUCCCUAGCAACCGUAUCAAUGCAAGAGUAAAACGGAUGGGAGGAGCGUUUGGUGGCAAAGAGUCUCGAAGCGUCCAGCUAGCUGUUAUUCUUGCAGUAGCCGCGAAGAAAGAACGACGACCAAUGAGAGCCAUGUUGAACCGCGACGAAGAUAUGAUGACGACCGGACAGCGAAAUCCCAUUAUGUGCCGCUGGAAGAUUGGCGUCAUGAAUGAUGGAAAACUUGUCGCCAUUGAUGCGGACUGCUACGCCAAUGCUGGGUUCUCCUUGGAUAUGAGCGGAGCUGUCAUGGACCGCUGUUGCACUCAUCUUGACAACUGCUAUUAUUUCCCCAAUGCACAUAUUCGUGCCUGGGUAUGCAAAACCAACACAGUUACAAAUACCGCUUUUAGAGGUUUUGGUGGACCGCAAGCCAUGUUCAUCGCCGAAAGUUUCAUGUAUGCCAUCGCCGAGGGCCUGAAUAUCCCAAUCGACGAGCUUCGCUGGAAGAACCUGUACGAGCAGGGUCAACGGACGCCCUUCCAUCAAUUGAUCGAUGAAGAUUGGCAUAUUCCGAUGCUGCUCGAGCAAGUCCGAAAGGAAGCGAAGUAUGAUGAGCGCAAGGCCCAAAUCGCCAAGUACAAUGCCCAAAACAAGUGGAAGAAGCGCGGCAUUUGCCUUGUACCAACAAAAUUCGGUCUCUCAUUCGCGACAGCAAUUCAUCUGAACCAGGCUGGUGCAUCCGUUAAAAUAUAUGCGGAUGGCUCGAUCCUUCUCAGCCACGGGGGAACGGAAAUGGGUCAGGGUCUGUAUACCAAGAUGUGCCAGGUCGCCGCUCAGGAACUAAACGCUCCCCUGGAAUCCAUUUACACCCAGGACACGGCAACAUAUCAAAUCGCUAACGCUUCGCCUACGGCUGCCUCGUCUGGAAGUGACCUUAAUGGUAUGGCCGUGAAGAAUGCAUGUGAUCAACUUAACGAGCGUCUCAAGCCGUACUGGGAAAAGUUCGGCAGGGAUGCUCCGCUCUCGAAAAUUGCACAUGCAGCGUAUAGAGAUCGGGUGAAUCUCGCAGCGACUGGAUAUUGGAAGAUGCCCAAGAUCGGUCAUGUAUGGGGCGAUUAUAAUCCGGAAACUGUCAAGCCAAUGUAUUAUUAUUUUACCCAGGGCGUUGCUUGCACUGAAGUUGAACUUGACGUCCUCACGGGAGAUCAUACCGUCCUCCGUACUGACAUAAAGAUGGACGUGGGCCGUUCAAUCAAUCCAGCUAUUGAUUACGGUCAGGUAGAAGGAGCCUUUGUUCAGGGGCAGGGUCUCUUCACCAUCGAAGAAUCUCUCUGGCACAGCAAGACCGGCCAGCUAGCCACACGUGGCCCUGGCACAUAUAAGAUCCCUGGGUUUAGUGAUAUCCCACAGGAGUUCAAUGGUGAAAAAGUUAAGACGAAAUGGGAUAUAUCCCAAGAAAGCCAGAUCGAGACACUGGUCCCUAAUCCAACUGGGGGUAAGACCCUCCACUCCGCCAGAAUACCGCCAGAAUACCACAUUAUUCGCACGCUCUGA